AUGGCUACACUCGCAGAACACCCUAUGCACUCGACGGCUUCGCCCAUGCCGAACAUGCCCGCUACCUACGACCAAGAUCUCGACACAUUCAUCAACUUUGAUCAACUCACCUACACAUCCGCCGACUCCCGCCCCAAGGUCGCCCUUGCGAGCCAACCCUCCGUCGCCAGCACCGAUUUCAGUGCAAGUGAUGCCCGGAGUGCCAGUUUCGCAUCAAGUGGUCAAUCUCCCCUCGCUUUCCAGGCUCCAAGCCACCACUACGAGGAACACCGCCAGCAGACUGGUCUGCCCCCCGGGUAUCCCGUCAACGGCGAGUUGUUCCAAGGUCGCAUGAAGCGCGAGGAUAUUCCUUUUGAAUUCAACGCCGCCCCGAGCCGCCAGCCGUCUGAGAUGGACGUUGAGGCCGACGGCAUGAACAACGCCCCCUUCUUCUUCUCCGCCAACUCCGCGAAGAAUCAAUAUGUCGACCCCAACGCCCUAGGCGGCCAUGAGCUGGCUCAGGCUGGUCCUUCCACUCAGGUCGGUCGCAUGUAUCCCGGUAUGCAUCAGCAGCAGGCUGCGAUCGCUGCCAAGGCCGCCCAGCAACAGAAGCAGAAUGAUGUACUCCGCCAGCAGCAGAUGCAACAGCGCCGUGUGGAGGAGAGCCAGAACGCUCCCGUCCGCACCGUUCGUGGUAGCGAUCCCGUCGUUGAGGAGCGUAUCUCCCGUCUUCUCCAGCAGAUGCGUCAGCAGGCUAUCGCGGCUGGCGAGACUUCUCCUUCUCCCUCUUCCAUCCUCCCUCACAUGGCUAAGUCCAAGAAGGACGAGGCCGACAUGGAUGAAGAUGAGCGUCUCCUUGCAAGUGAGGAAGGCAAGAAGCUUAGCAGUAAAGAGCGUCGCCAGCUCCGCAACAAGGUCUCCGCCCGUGCUUUCCGCUCCCGUCGCAAGGAGUACAUUGGUCAACUCGAGAGCGAAAUUGCUUCCCGUACCAACGAAACUCACGAGCUGCGUCUUCAGAACCGACAGUUGUUUGAGGAGAACGCUCGCUUGAACGAUCUCGCCCGCAUGCUCCUCGGCUCCCCUCACUUCGCCAACUUUCUAAAUGACAUGCCCGACAACGCUGUGCCGCCCCAGAUCCAGGCUCAGCAACAGCAACAGCAACAGCAACAGCACCAUCAGCAGCAGCAACCUCAGCAAGCGGCCAUUCAACCCAACAUGCAGGCCCUACCCAAGGAAGCCACUCGCCAACAAGAAUUCCAAAUGCAGCAGAAUCCCCAGUCCGGUAUGGUCAUGGUUCCCAACCAAAGCCUGGACGCCUCCAUGAUGAACAACGCCGGCUGGAAUUCAGGUAUCGAUAUCAACUAUGGCAACACCCCUGUCUUUGCCGUGAUCGACGUGCCAGAGGGUCCCGCUCUCGACUUUGCAGCUCUCUCUGGAAAGUCCUCGAGCGUGUGUGACGGCAAGGACGAGGCCCCCGUUCUUGACCUUCCCGAGCGCCAGGUCUUGACCCAAUCCGACGUCGGGGUCGCUAACCCCGAUGUUGACAUUGACGAGUCCGACCCUGCCUUCGCUCUCUUUGUCGACUCCCCUGUUCGUUCUACUGUUUCUGAUAAUGAUGUUCCCUUCAAUGGUGUUCAGGCCGACAAGGCUGCUCCCCACUUCGAGCUGGUUGCCGAUCAAACCUCCGCCAACCAAAUUCGGUUUGACUAUCUUUGCUCCAGCAUGGAAGCUGCCUUUGAUCGCGUGUCCUUGUUCACCUCUCACCUCCAGUGA